UGAAUUCUAUAUUUAGAUUUCAAAUUCCUUGUUUUUUAAGCAGUGAUCGAACAAUUUCAAUGGAUAUCCCUAUUUUGCUGCCCUCUUUUCUCACCAUCCACGCAAGAUUUUCUCUUGCAAAAUCUAUCUUCUAAUCAUUAACCAAGAAUUUUUUGAGAAAUUCAUGAAAUCAUAUUCUCCAUACACUUAAUUCUGCCAUGUAAUAAGAACAAUACAAUUCCCCUUUUGAUCGUUUUUCAAUUACCCAUCACCAGAUAAAUGGAUCCGACGGAGCUUCAACGGGUUUUCCACAUGUUCGAUCGCAACGGGGACGGCAAAAUCACUCGUAAAGAACUCGGCGAUUCACUGGAGAAACUCGGAAUCCACAUUCCGGAAAAAGAACUGAUCCAAAUGGUGGAGAAAAUCGACGUGAACGGCGAUGGAUUCGUCGAUAUGGACGAAUUCGGAUCAUUGUACCAAACGAUUAUGGAUGAAAAGGACGAGGAUGAAGAAGAGGAUAUGAAAGAAGCGUUCAAUGUUUUCGAUCAAAACGGCGAUGGAUAUAUCACGGUUGAGGAAUUGAGAUCUGUUUUGGCAUCCCUGGGAUUGAAGCAAGGAAGAACCCUAGAAGAUUGCAAAAUGAUGAUAAAGAAAGUGGAUGUGGAUGGCGACGGAAGGGUGAAUUACAGAGAAUUCAGACAGAUGAUGAAAGGUGGGGGAUUUGCUGCUUUGAGUUGAUACACAAAUUAUGCAUAAAUUUCAGAAAAUUUCAGCCUAUGAUCCAUUCAUCUACAUGAAUCAUUUCAUAUUUUUCUUGGUUUUUUAGGUUUUGGAAGGUUGAAAUAUAUAAGUACAUGGGAUUGUAUAAUGAAUUUAAUUAGAUUUUGUAAUUUGGUUAUUGUUCAAUAUUUAUAUAUGUGAGUCGGGAUUAAUUUAUCUGAA